CCAUAAAAGAUACCAGAGAUCCCGGAUUCUUCGACUGUUUACCAUGCAGCUUCUCUGCGUCUUCGUUUGUUUCCUGGUGUCGCUAGUUGCCGGCAGGGGCGUACGAAACGGGUUUCCAAAGUUUCCGCAGCCGUCGUGCGGCUCGAGAAUAGUUCAAUGGAAUCCAAAUCGGGAGGCGAGGGUGAUCGGAGGCGAAGAACCUCCUGUGGGGGCGGCGCCGUGGCAGAUCGACUUGCGGCAGGACGGGAAGCAUAUUUGUGGGGGUGCCUUGAUUGGAGCGAGGCUGGUUCUGUCUGCGGCUCACUGCUAUAACGACGAUUUGACGGCGGUUGCUGGAGCACACGGACCACCAGGUUCGUCACCCCAUGAACAGCUCCUGAAAAUCGAAAAAUUCGUACCUCAUCCCGAUUUCCGAAAACUUGGACACUACUCUCACGACCUAGCAGUUCUGCUGGUCUCCUCUCCAGGCUUCAAGAUGAACAGUCUCGUAGCCCCUGCCUGUUUCUCCCAAGAAUCUCCCCCUUCAGGCACCUGGUGCGAAGUUUCGGGCUGGGGAGCAGAUGACCCCAACGACUUGGACUCCUACUCCUCAGUUUUGAAAAUAGCAGCUGUCCCCAUAAUCUCCUUGGACAAAUGCAGACAGGACUCGAUAUAUGGAGGAAGGCAUCAGCAAAUCCUCGAUUCAAUGAUGUGUGCCGGGCAUUUGAAAGGGGGGAUUGACGCGUGUUUUGGUGACUCUGGGGGGCCUUUAGUUUGCGAUAGGGGCGGCAGGAUGGAGCUGGCUGGGAUCACUUCUUGGGGUGAUGGGUGUGCCAAGAAAAACAAGCCGGGGGUUUAUACGAGGGUAUCCAGUUUUUUGCCCUGGAUAAAUGAUUGUGCACAAGAUAUGGGGGUUGAUUUUUAGUUCUCCGAUUUGUCGUGAUUGAGAUUGUGCUCUGCGUCAUCUUUCUAGUGAAAGAUGCAAUACUCUAGCAGAUUUAUUUUUGAAAAAGUCGUUGAAAUGGAAAUGAUAAUGUUCUUGAGAUAUUGUACUGGCAUAGUGUACUGAGUUUGUCUCUAACUAGUAUUCAACCGAAAAAGAUAAUGAAUUGAUUAGAAUAAGGUUAGAAUUCGAAAAAUAGUUUAACUGACAGACUUUUUUGGGGUACAAGUCGUUUAUACUCUAUGUUACUAUUUGAUUUCGUGCAUAUUUUUUAUUUUGUCCCACUUCCUUUUUGUUAACCAGUCUGUGAAUUAUUGUGUUAUAGUUGUCAUGUCAGAAGAGAACGAGGUGGCCAUUUUUUCAAAUUAUGAAAGUUAUAUUAAAAGUUAAAGGGUAAAAAACACAAGAAUUUUCAUUUUCACAGUUUUGAUAGAUUUCUGCUCACCAAGAUCUUCUUCAAAAGUUAAAAAAUUAACGCUUUGUUGAAAAUGCUUCACGGAAUUCGCUCAAUUUGUACAAUUUUUUUUUAAUUCUUUGAUUCAAACUGAUUGGAUAUGCAGAGUGAACUAUUUUUCAAUCAGUUCUGGAAAUUCCAAAGAGCCAGUUUGGAAGAACGGUAUAUCUUCCCUAU